AUGGGCGAAUAUGGCACACUGGACACGAACACCAUCACCAGCAGCAGCAGUGCGUCCUCGCUCGCCUCCGUUCUGAUGCCGAUGCCGAUGUCGAUGGCCGCCGCGCCCCCGUCCGCCGCCAUGUCGGUCGCCGCAGCGGGCAAUCCGACCGGUUCCUCCUCAUCGUCGGCUGCAAUGGCGGUAGCCGCCGCCGCCGCCGCCGCUGCCGCUGCCGCCGCCGCAGCGACAGCAAACUCUACAACGAACAAUAUGCCGUGCAAUCACAUCCUAACCUCAGCGUCGACGUCCUCGGUGGAGUCGGACGGGUACCAUUUUUACCAUAAGACUGGCAGUGGCGCCGCCGGCAGCAACGGAAUGUCCGUGAUUGGCAGCGUGACUGGCGCCUCUGGUGCCAAUAGUGGCAGCCACCAUCACCAUCACCAUCAUCCCCACCACCAGCACCAUCACAAUGGUGGGGUGGUGGCCGGUGGUGGAGCCGGCUCGGGCAGCGGCGGAGUGACGAAGGGUGGAAGGUCCGGUCACGAAUCGUCCGGCCCGGGCAUGCCGCCACGACCGUCGGCAGUGAGCAGUAAUGGCGCCGGAGUCACCAAUGGUGGCAGCACGCCGGGGAACGCCGGAAGCGGAGGCAGUGGUGGCCGCGUCAAGUGUAAGGACCCGAUACGUGUCGGUUUCUAUGAAAUCGAGAAAACGAUCGGCAAGGGUAACUUUGCCGUGGUCAAGCUGGCUCGCCAUCGAAUUACCAAAAACGAGGUAGCAAUUAAAAUUAUUGAUAAGUCCCAGCUUGAUCCUGGCAACCUGCAGAAGGUCUACCGUGAGGUGGAGAUUAUGAAACGCUUAGACCACCCGCACGUCAUUAAGCUGUACCAGGUUAUGGAAACCCAGAGCAUGAUUUACAUAGUCUCGGAGUAUGCUAGUCAGGGCGAAAUUUUCGAUUAUAUUGCUAAGUACGGGCGGCUUAAUGAGCGUGCAGCUAGGAAUAAGUUUUGGCAGAUACUAUCCGCCGUAGAAUAUUGCCACAAUAAGGGAAUAGUACACAGAGAUCUUAAGGCUGAGAAUCUACUGUUAGAUUCUAAGAUGGACAUCAAAAUAGCGGACUUUGGAUUUUCGAACUUCUACAAGAAGGGCGAACUGCUGGCCACCUGGUGCGGCUCACCGCCAUACGCCGCACCGGAGGUGUUCGAGGGUAAACGGUACACUGGGCCAGAAAUUGACAUAUGGUCCUUGGGUGUAGUUCUCUAUGUGCUGGUCUGCGGUGCUCUGCCCUUCGAUGGAUCAACGCUGCAAUCGCUGCGGGAUCGCGUGCUGUCCGGGCGGUUUCGGAUCCCGUUUUUCAUGAGCUCGGACUGUGAAUCACUCAUCCGGAAGAUGCUCGUGCUCGACCCGUCGCGCCGGUUUUCGAUCGAUCAAAUCAAGCGCCACCGCUGGAUGAUGGUGGAGAUCAUCGACACACCGAAGAUCAGCAGCCUCGUCAUCAAUGGGAACGCCGGCGGUGACGUCAGCGCGCUCGAGACGGAACCGAACGAGCAGAUACUGAAGAUCAUGCAGAACCUCGGCAUCGACAUACUGAAGACGCGCGAAAGCUUGAAGCUGCACAGCUACGAUCACUACACAGCAUUUUAUUUGCUGCUCCUGGAAAGACUGAAAAGCCGCACGAUGUCGCACGAAAGCGCGAGCGCGGCUGCGGCGGGAUGUGGUAGCAUCGGGCCCGGAAAGUCGGCCAUGCUCGAGUCCCAACGGCGCCGACCGAGCAAUGUCGCCGAGCAGGCGAUGCGCAAGCUGGCGAUCAGUUCGCAGCACAAAGCGGACCAAUCAAGUUCCCCGAAACAUCAGCAGAUCUCGCCCGCGAUGCCUUCGGGUUUGAUAAACCAGAGCUCCGAAACGCUACACAGUCUGCUGAACGCACCGAUGGGUUCCGGCGUACCGAGCACCGGUGGCAGCGGUGGUGGCCUUCCCGCCAUGUCGACCGGUGUAAUCAUGCUGCGUGACACGAGUAUCCGCGAGCAGCAGCCCGUGUUGAAGGAUAGCUCCUACUUCCGGGGUGUUUCGUACACGUCCAGCUCGGGGUUCGCCGACUCGUCCCUAUACCAGCUGGCAUCGUUGCGAGAGCGUGACUGCAGCUCCACAUAUCUUACCGGCCCGACCGGUACCGGGCUCCUGCCGGCGUCCCUAUCGUCAAACGUGGCCGGUGCGCUGGCAGCUUCCCGUGAAACCAGCUCGAUCGUGCUGCGUGAAUCGGGCAUCCUUUCCAAUCGCAUAUCGUCGACCCGCCUGCUGUCCAGCAACAUCGACAAGCGCAUCCUCCAGCAGAGCACGGAAGACUGCCGCCGAUUGCUGCAGCAGGCGCGUCCCGUGUCCAUGGGUGAAGCGAACCGGUAUACGAAACCACCAUCACACUCGCCAGUGAACAACAGCGACCUUCAUCAGGCAGCUUCAUCUCAGCAACAGCCCCAGCCUCCGGGUGGCUCAUCGGUCGUGGGAGCAGCGUCAACGGCGACCCCGCCACCUCCACCGCAGUCCCAGCGCUACUCGGAUCCGCUGAACGGUUUCAGCAAGGACUACCUGACGAACGUUUCCACCUCGAACGAAACGUCCAUCACCGUGCCGCCGUUCAAGGAUUACAUCAACAACAUUCAAACCUACUCCUACCUGCAGCACUACGAACCGGCCGGGCUGGCGGUGACCAGCUCCACGACCACGGGCCACACGCCCCAGCCGACGUCCAUUACGGCGCAGUACAGCUCCAGCACCGAUGAGGGUUGCGAAACCGAUCUGGGAGAUGAAGAUGUCCAGCAGUCGAUUGAUAAGUCCAUCCAGCGGCUAAACUCGUUUGCCAGCUCCAGCUCGUCCAGCGGUGUCGUCACGAACAUUCACCCGAAGAGCCUGAGCCAGAAUCUGAGCUGCGAUUCGUCGCGCAGCAACUUUUCCACCUUCGAGAGCCUCGAUCUCAAUUUGUCCGACUGCGCGGAGCUGGCCGGUAGUCUGCCUUCCUGCACGGCCACUACGGAGGCGUACGAGACUGCCGUCAAAGAUGAAGCUGCCUUCCGUGCGGUCACGAGCUCGGUCUGCAUCAAUCAACCUCAGUGUGUGUACGCCAUGUCUGACAAGAUGGUUGGAUCGUUCCUACGGGCAAACACGGUCUACCAGGACGUGCACAAUGGGGACCAUCGCAGUAUCACCCGAUCACCGGUCGAUUUUCGUGAAGGACGUCGUGCCAGCGAUGGUCUUGUAACGCAAGGUCUGAUCAACGCCGCCGAUCAUCCGCUAAACUCACCGGUCGCAUUCAACAGCCAACGGUUGAACGAGACGUGCAAAGCGAAGGGCAUCCUGGAGCUACACCUGCUGCAGAAGGAAGCGGCCCAGCUGAAGGUGAAGUACCAGGCCAAUUUGCCGCAGGACGAAAUCAACGUACGCCAGCUGCAGCACAGCCAAUUUCGGGUGAACCCGCUCGAGAGUCUCAUCCUGAAGCCGCUCUCAUCGUCCUCGCACGGCAGCAGUGGUGGGGGACUCGAUCCGGUGAACGGUGGUGGGUACUACAACAAGGUGACCGACUACGUCGGACUGGUGCUGGGUGUGAAGGGAACCGCUGGAGGUACAAUCGGGGGGGCAGCGUCCGAGCAGGGCGGCUGUAAGCUCGAUCCGGAGCAGCAGCUCCUGCUGAGGGCCGCCGGGGGAGGCGUUGUCCGCUCGGACCAGCUAAGUGCUGCCGCCGCCGCCGCCGCCCAGCAGCUCCAGCAGAAGCCUCCGCUGCAGCAGCAGCUCAUGCAGCACCGGUUGCUGCAGCAGAAGCGACAGAUCCUGCAGAAGCAGGGCGCCAUGGAGGCGGGCCUGAGCCGCCGGCAGAUGCUGCGGCAGCACAGCUACAAGAUCGCACAGCAAACGCAAAUCCUACCGCCGCUACCGUACGCCGGCGAGGGAGCCGAGUCCGGCGUCGACUCCGGCUAUCCGACGCUGCAGUCCGUCCGCGAGACGGCCAUCCUCGAGACGGAAGCAUCCCAGGAUUCACUCGAUCUGUACGCCCAGCUUCACCAACUUCAACAUCACCAUCAACACCACCAUCAUCAUUCGCAGCAGCAGCAGCAACAGCUUCACCACCUUCAACAACAGCAACAACAACAACAGCUGGCAGCUUCCGAACGGGGGCACUGCUCCUGGAGCACGCUGCCGAGCUCGAUGAAGACGUGCCAGAUCAGCGAGGGAACGCCCUCGAGCGACGGUCCGUGGAACGUGGCCGCACUCUACCACCAGAAUGUACCGCCUGGCCCUUCGUUGUACCCUUCGUCGCAAUGGAUCACGUCCCACGCGUCCUCGAUCCCGCACUCGAUGCAGCUGCCCCUGAGCGAAAGUCCCAUACCGGAGCUCGCCGAGCAAAUGGAGUCAAUUUGAGGUGUUGAGCGAAGUAUUGUCGGAUCUUUUACAUGCAGCGUUUCGGUGCCGCUCAGAUGCAGUUUGAGAGGAAUUACACGCAAAAGUACACGGGAUGUGCCAGGUUGUAGCGGGAUGAUUAGGAAAAUACCGAAUUGAAGUUUACUCAGAUAAAAUCAGGUUCCACAUUCUGGUAAAGUUAAAAAAUUCAAAAAUCAAAGGCAUAAAAUCCCUGAAUGCAAAACAGUUUUGCACGCCAUAUAUAAAAAUUAUAGUGAAAUGAAAACAAAAACAAAGGAAACAAAUAACGUUCGAUAGGGAACUCACUUAUUUAGCUACCGUUUAGCCAUUCGGUUUUGUAUGACUUGCAGCGUAGUCCUCUACGACAAAGAAGCAGACAGACAAGUAAAAGUAAAAUUCAGACUUACUACAGAAUUAAAAAUAUUCUGUAAUUUACUCGUAAAAGCAGCACUCGCUAGCCAUGCAGCAAACAGAAUUCAAUAAAUUAGUCAGAGAGACUGACCAACGUCAAUUGUUUGAAACUGAAAAAAAUAACAUACCAAGUAAGUAACUCAUAAACACAAAAACUACAACCACAUACUCGCAAGAUGAAAUGGCCCAAAAAAAAAACCGGCGCUUUGAGCUUGGCGUGACCGGUGGCCGACACAGCAGGGCACACAAAAACUACCGAGCCGUAACGGAUUUUCGCUCGUCGACUGAUCUGCCAACCAAAAGGAAUUUGUCGUUAGGAACAAGUUUGCAAGUUUGUCUGCCAACAUCAAGCCGUUUUUUUUCGAAUGGCCCGAAAGCUAUGUUAGUUCAAUUAAUUCGAAGACGCCUCGGGGCGCGACUCGAGCGGGUUUUAGGGGCAUUCAUAGAAAAGAAAAAUAAAACCAGUAACCACAAAAAAUGAUGGAAUCGUAGGGACACCACGACGUAUCGUAAUGCGUAAAUGGCCUCCCCACAACAUGGCCGGCUUUCGAUCGAUUUGUUUUUAAGAUGUGAUAGAGGAGAAUCUAGUCGAACAAGCUGCGUUUUUCGCUGCACUGCACUGCGCAACCGGAUGAAAAAGUUUAUAUUAAGGUACCGCCAGGCAGACAAGAGUCAGAGAAAAUUAAUUGAACCACCAGCAGCUUAACCGCAGCCAACGAGCUGUUCCGAUUUAGAUAAAAUAAGUUCCAGGUUGUGUACGCCAGAGAUGCACCUUCUGCUGUGUACGUUGUUACAUAUGAUUUUUCGUUAUAGAAAGGCCGGAUUGUAAUAUUUUAUUGUGGAUAAUUAUAAUACGUUGAU